CGAUUCAUUCAAUAGUGCGCUUGAAGCCGUACGGUACGCAUCGUCGUCGUCGUCGAGCUGGAGUCGUUCUCUUGAGUUGUCGCCGUGCCCUUCACUGUGUGUAGUAAGGUGGUUUGUUGGAUUCUGUGAGUUAGCGAGGGAGGAAGGAAAGUGAAGUCGUGGGGAACCGUUUUCCCCCCAUUUCUUCGUCCGGAGACCGAUGCUAGUGGAGAAUUAGAUUAACCGCGAAGAAAGUCAUUGCUGUCGUGCGGUCGGAGACGACAUCGUUCGGUGGUUUGUGAACGUUGAUGCAGUUGCUGUUACACAAUUUAUACCUUCAGAAGCAAGCGCAUUUCGGGACCAAGACGUGUAUCCAUUUGCGUAGCUCGUUCUCCACGCGUGGUGGUGCAGUGGGAUUAAAUUGAAUUUAGUGAAAUUCACCGUUUGAUGUGGGCGGAAUAACAAUUGAAUUGUGCUUUUGUGCAGUUUGAUACGCUAUCGUCAAUUGUAUGAAUGGGUCCCCGGUGGUAAUUGUUUGAACGACGACGGAAAGUAGUGAUGGAAAUUGGGGAGCAGCCCAAGCCCCACAUUGGCAUUAAUCAUCACAACCCAUUCAUUCAAGCCAGCAGCGCUUCGAGCGCGACAGUUAUCUAUAUGUUCUUUGUGCUGUGUUGCAGGUAAUCGUGGAGUGGUGUGAGUUGAGUUGUUACAACAAGUGGGAGAAGCAAAGUUGAAAACAACUCUUUCAUACGAAUACCGGCGCACCUGUGUCGUUGCGCUAGAGCGUGUUCCAGUGGAUUAUUCACGUCUGAUUGUAAAUACCUGGUGAAAUUGCGCGACCAUAACGCUCGAAUUACAUUGUUGCACAGGAAAAUUUCAAUCAACACCCGGCUUCAUCAUCAUCAGCAAGCUUUUAUGCUAAAAUAUGGAAAUUUAAAAGUCUGCAAGAGUGAUUUAACGCAGUGAGUGGUCAAGUGAUUAUAAUCCCAGAAUAGGCGCGCAAGGUGGUGUGAGUUUUAUGCGGAAUCGAUAAAAGGUGUUUGUGAGAAGAAAAGAAACGACGACGAAGCCGAGAAGUCAAACAAGAUACAAAAAUACGAAACAAACAACAAGAGGCCAGCGGUCUCACACACAUUUAGCGUACCUGUGCUUCGUCUACGUUCCAGCCAGCAUAUAUUUAGGCCGAUUUGACCAGCCCACAACCAGGUGUUCGACAUGGCGAGCGGCGGGGUGAAGCUGAAUUCUGCUUCCAUAACGAUACUUUGUUGGAUUACGAUAUUAGGUUUUGCCCAAUGUCAGAAGAUCCCAAGCUUGCAGAUAAUGCCAGCGGCGUCCGUGCAGCGCAAACCGGUGGGUAACUCGCUGCUGCUGACCUGCCGACCGGAUGUCCCCGAUAGCACACUGAUUUCCGAUCUGCGGUGGAGUGACAGUCGCAACAUGACGAUACCGCCCAAAGCGACUAAGUAUUACUACCCCCAGUUCGAUUCGAAAGGUCGCAAACUCCCGGCAAAGGCCGGUCAAUCUUCACCGCCAAUCUACACGGAGUCCAUUGCGGGGGGCCAAGCGUUGGCACUGCUGUUCAACUCGCUGCAAGAGUCUAUGGCCGGAGUGUACUACUGUGCGGCAUCGUACUCCGUCACGGAACAACUGGCGGCGUCCGUUCUGGUCGAAACUUACGUUGCCAUCACGUGGAAGGACGCUCCCGAAGAUCAACGGCCAAUCCUGGGUGAGGACUAUAUCGUACGUUGCGAGGUGUACGCCAAUCCGCCGGCCACCGUCGACUGGCUUCGGGAUGGUGAUCCGAUUAAAUCCAGUGGCCGGUACGUAAUCGAGAACCGAGGACUUCUGAUUCGGAAUGUGUCGGAGAGCGACGACGGUCUGUACACAUGCCGGGCUGCCGUAAUAUCAACUGGUGAAUUGGCUAAAAGAGUCAUUCGUGUCGAAGUUCAAAUCAAACCGGAAGUGCAACAACUACCAACGGUGCUGAAUGCCGUAGAAGGACAAUCAUUUUCGUACUUGUGCAAUGCCACAGGAAAACCCGUACCUGAAUUUCAGUGGAUUAAGAAGAGCACCCAGCAAAACGUGGCCGAUAUCGAUAGGUUUUCUGUAAACGCGUUGACAGGUCAACUGGACAUUAGCCGAGUAGAACAGGACGACCAUGACACCUACACCUGUGUGGCCAAGAAUGCCGCUGGAAUUUCGGAAUCCACCACCAAACUAAACGUUCUGAUUCGUCCAAAGAUCAUCGAAUUCAUGAACAUCACAGUACCUGAAGGUCAAGAAGCCGUGCUAGCGUGUAGAGCAUUUGGUAGGCCACCACCAGAAAUCACAUUCCGACGAUAUGGUACAACUGAAGAGUACAGAGUAGGACUGCAAGUCAGCGACGAUCGUAUCGUUCUGGAUAUGCAAGAGAACGCUGAACGAAGCGAAACUAUUGGAAAUUUGAGAAUUUCUCAGCUUGAUAAGACUGACGACGGAUUGUACGAUUGCAUUGCCAGAAAUCCAGGAGAUGUAGCGUACAAGGUUGGUCAUAUUACCGUCGAGUACAAACCAAACUUUGAUCAUCUGAAAGCAUUGCCUCCGGUAUACACUUGGGAGCAGCGACCGGCGAAUCUGAGCUGCUUUGCGCAAGCUAUUCCCAACGCUACCAUUGAAUGGCGGUGGAAUGAUCGGCGCGUUGCUGAUCUGUACGACAUCAAUAUGAAAAUCGAAGAGCAAGGUUUCCGAAGCGAUCUAAUCAUUACCCCCAGGGAACAUCGGUACUACACAAGCUACAAGUGCGUUGCCACGAACCGUCUCGGUCGUGAUGAACACGUCAUGGAGCUUCGUGAGGCUCGCAUUCCGGAAGCCGUUGCGCAAGCCAAACCUCGAUCCGUUAGUGCCACUUCGAUGACGUUCGACAUCAUUCCACCAGCGUUCGAGAAGGGACUGCCGAUCACUGCCAUGUCUGUGCAAUACAAGGAGGAAUUCAACCCGGAUUGGAACACUGCAAUGAACCGCACCUGGUCGCCGGAUAGCCCCUACAUCGUGGAAGGUUUGCGUCCGCAGACGUCGUACAGUUUCCGUUUUGCAGCGCGGAAUGUGGUCGGGCUUGGUCCGUGGUCUGCCUACGUAGUACAUUCCACUCCGAAACGAUCCGAACCGGAAACGCCGAAAACGUUGCACACGCCCAUUCAGGAGGAGGACGAGGAAGACGAUGCCAUUGUGGCGUCGCCCUACGCCGAUCACUUCGAGCUGCGGUGGAAUGUGCCGGUCGACAACGGUGAACCGAUCAACUUCUACCGGGUGAAGUUCUGUCCGGGAUCCAAAGUGAACGGCGUGUGGACCGAGCUGGAAGGUGCCUGCCUAGAGGAAGACAUCACGACGACGACGCACUACGAGAUGCGCGAUCUACAGGCCGACACCUACUACCGGAUAGAACUGUUGGCGCACAAUGCCAUCGGUUUCUCGCGACCAGCUCACCUGCUCCUGAAGACUGCCCGAGGUAUCGACGUGGUGCUACGAGUGGAUGACCGGGCCCUUUCGUCGGCGGCAGUCAUCGGGAUCGUCGUCGGAUGUGUCCUAUUGCUCCUGCUGGUCAUCGAUAUCCUGUGCUGCCUGAUAGGAAAUCUCGGCCUGCUGGCAAUGAUGUGCAGAAGAACGAAACGUUCGCCGUCCGAUCUGGGUGACGAAGAAAAACUCGGAAGUGGCAGCCUCAUCAAGGAGCGUCCUCCGUCGCCGUCGCCGCUGCCUCCGCCGAUCGUGAAGCUCGGUGCCACCACACCGAUAGAUGAUGAAAAGCAACCGUUGAACACGUUGCCGGAUGUUGGAGGAAAAAUGAAUUCAUCCGUGGAAUUCGACGGCAGAGGUGUGCAGAUCCGAAGCGGUGAAAUUAUUGGCAAAAACUCCGCCGUGUAAUCGGGUCGAUGGAUGAUGAUGACGGUGAUUAUGGGAUGCCAUCACCUGAUAGCAGAUGCGGAGAUAAACCGAUUUUGAAUUGAAAUGGACGUCCGGAGGUAACGAAAAUGGAGUAUUCGUAACUACCACCAGGGUAUUCACUCCUGUCAGUGUGCUUGCGUGGAAGUAUUGAGGAACAGCAUUUUAUGGUAGACAAAACAAGAGAGAAUUGCAACUGAUAAUAAUUUGAAAUGGAAAACUUUAUGAAAAUCGUGUAUAUUUAGCAGCUAGGAUUAAGUCAAAAUGCAGACUCACUGUUUUAUACAUGUACUUUAUGAAUGAAGAAAUUAGAUACAAAUGCUCUCAAGACUUACUUAAAAUGACAGCCGUGAUUUCAAGAUAAGCGAACGCCACAUCAAAGUGAAGGAAAAAUCAAAGAUUAUUAUCAGGAAUGCGGAACUUCCAAAAAUAUUUAGAAGCCCUUGGAUAAGGUAACUCUUAUUAGACAAGACAAAUUGUGCGUACAUUUUGAAUCUUUAGAUUAUUGCCGCUGGUACUUCAUCACUUUUUUAACAAGUUUAAUUACUUGUAAUAUGCUAUCUUCGUUUUAAUCCAAACCAACAAAACAAAAACCAUAAUUUAUUGAAAAAUAAAGCCGUAAAUGAAAUGAUGCUACAUAUAUGUGCUAUUGCUUCUUAAGAUUUUUCAAAUUAAAUCUACAUAAGUGAAGGAGCUCAAGUUAUAAAAUAAUACGAAACAAUUAUAUCUUUUCGCAGUUCCACGAGAUUAUUGCCGAGUACUUCGGAGGUAUUAUUUGCAGCAAAUAAGGAACCACUUAAAAAGCAACAGAUAUAAUAACUAAAGAACUUACGUUUAUACUUCCGGUGUCGUUACUGCAAAAACUAAUGUUUAAAAUUGACUUCAGUUCACGUGAACCAAAACAAGGAAGUAAAAACUACAUUAUACGUGUCAUCCAAAGAGAAGCAGCUUAGCCUUAAAUGAUCAUAAAUUGGUAUACCUUGUCGUAUACAUCCUAGUUUUCUUGAGCUUCUGUGAACUAAAUGUACUGUGAGCGCGCGUAUCAAUCAUCAACCGUGUAUAGAUGGAAGACAUCUUAUUAAUCGUAAAAAGAAAAGUCAUUUAAAACUGCAACCCGUCUAUUACCGUGACAAACAAAGAACGAAAUCAAAUCAGCCAAAACCGCUUGAAUCAUUUGAUUGGCGAGGAGAAAGUCCCCAGUAAUUCGUCUAUCAAUUGACUGCCAUAUUUACAUAGUGCUUUUGAAACUACAAGUAUAAUGCUUUUGAGCUCCUAUUUGUCGUAGCUUGGAGCAGACCAAUCGAAUAGUUAUAUAUUUUAUACUCAUCCAACCAGCCAAUCAACAACAAGAUUCAGUCAUGACUUAGUUUAGCAUUAUUCGGUGCGCAGUACCUACAAGUGUAGAGUUUCGUUCAACCCCCCCCCAAAUUAUUACGAUUAGAUCUCAUCUGAAAACAGGAAUUCGUGAGCUAGAUCAGAAGUACUAUUAAUUUAAGUGUCUUAUAGGAUACAUAGGUUUACUUUAGUUAGUUCCUCUUUUAAAUUAUUCUUACAUUCAACAACGUAUUAUGUUAUUUUAAACAUAAUCAAAACUACCGAAUUGUAAUGAAUGCUGAAAAUAUACGUUUUUAAUUAAAA